UAGUGGGGCUUGUCUUUGGCCUUGGACUGGGGCAGUAUGUUGUGGACAUCCUGGGCAGAUAAGUCCUAGAUGACACUUAAGUUGGUUUUCCGUGUAAAAAUUUCAUUAAUGGAUAGAUUUGAGCACCAUUCACCUUAAGUUCGUGUAUCCUGUUUGACAAUGCAGAGCAUUCUGGCCUGCACAAACCUAGGAGUGAAGACCAAACAGAAGGACCAUCAGACAAACAAGAGGCUGAGGACGUGCUGGCCACUGGACCCCGCUGCCUCCCCCUUUUCCCUGCCGCCUGGGUCCGGAGGAUGAGCCCAGCCUUCAGGGCCAUGGAUGUGGAGCCCCGCACCAAGGGCAUCCUGCUGGAGCCCUUUGUCCACCAGGUUGGGGGGCACUCUUGUGUUCUACGCUUCAAUGAGACGACCCUGUGCAAGCCCCUGGUCCCGAGGGAACAUCAGUUCUACGAGACCCUCCCAGCUGAGAUGCGCAAAUUCACUCCCCAGUACAAAGGUGUGGUGUCUGUGCGCUUUGAAGAAGAUGAAGACAGGAACUUGUGUUUAAUAGCGUAUCCAUUAAAAGGGGACCAUGGAACUGUGGACUUUGUAGACAAUUCAGACUGUGAACCAAAAAGUAAGCUUCUAAGGUGGACAAACAAAAAACAUCACAUGCUAGAAAUGGAAAAGGUCCCCAAGGACUGGGUGCGACAGCACCGGAAAGAGGAGAAGAUGAAGAGCCAUAAGUUAGAAGAAGAAUUUGAGUGGCUAAAGAAAUCUGAAGUCUUAUACUACAGUGUAGAAAAAAAGGGGAAUAUAAGUUCCCAGCUUAAACACUAUAACCCAUGGAGCAUGAAAUGUCACCAGCAACAGUUACAAAGAAUGAAGGAGAAUGCAAAGCAUCGGAACCAGUACAAAUUUAUCUUACUGGAGAACCUGACUUCCCGCUACGAGGUGCCUUGUGUACUGGACCUUAAGAUGGGCACACGCCAGCAUGGUGAUGAUGCUUCAGAGGAGAAAGCAGCUAACCAGAUCCGAAAAUGUCAGCAGAGCACAUCUGCAGUCAUUGGUGUGCGUGUGUGUGGCAUGCAGGUGUACCAGGCAGGCACUGGGCAGCUUAUGUUCAUGAACAAGUACCAUGGGCGGAAGCUGUCAGUGCAGGGCUUCAAGGAGGCGCUUUUCCAAUUCUUCCACAAUGGGCGAUACCUGCGCCGAGAGCUCCUGGGCCCUGUGCUCAAGAAGCUGGCUGAGCUCAAGGCAGUGUUGGAACGACAGGAAUCCUACCGCUUCUACUCAAGCUCCCUACUGGUUAUCUAUGAUGGCAAAGAGUGGCCUGAAGUGGCCCUGGACUCUGAUGCGGAGGACUUGGAGGACCUAUCAGAGGAGUCAGCUGACGAGUCUGCUGGUGCCUAUGCCUACAAGCCCAUUGGCGCCAGCUCAGUGGAUGUGCGCAUGAUCGACUUUGCUCACACCACUUGCAGGCUGUACGGCGAGGACAGUGUGGUGCAUGAGGGCCAGGAUGCUGGCUAUAUUUUUGGGCUCCAGAGCCUGAUAGACAUUGUCACAGAGAUAAGUGAGGAGAGUGGAGAGUGAGCUGCUGGUUGUUCCAGUACUUGAGAGAGACUCUGUCCCAGGCAUAGCUGUGCUGUGUCAGGGAGGAGGCCAGUAUGGCCAGGUAGUGGCCCCUGUAGCCUGGAGCUGAUGCGCAGUGGCCUCUGUGAGCCCCAACCCGAGCCAGCCCCAGUUGCCCUCGGAGUCUUUAUUUAUUUUAACUAUUUCUUCAACAUUCCACAUUUGAUGAUGCAGAUACCUCUUUGUUCCCUAAGUGUAAAUGUUCUAAUACAGAUCUUUUUGUUUAUUGUA